AUACCAAAUUUAUGUCAUUAUACAAUAUUUCACAAAUUAUCGAACAAUACUUUUCUCUAUCAGAUCACUCAUUCCGUUUUCGAGAAAAUAUUGAAUUCUAUUUCUAUUUCAUUGGAAAAAUGGUUCAAAAGUCGAAUAGUUUGGUUGCAUUUGUCAAAAACAUCUACUACGACGAAUAUAAAUGGGCCGUGGUGAAAAGUGCGUCGCUCUUCAUACUGGGAGUACGAAUUGCCAAAGAGUGCAUCGGCUUGGAGCUUAUGCCGGCUAUUCCGCAUUAGUUCGGCUCCAGUUAAGCAAUUAGAUUAAUUCUUGUUCAUAAUUCUAUUUGAGUAUAAUGAAAUAAAAAUAUUGCACACUA